CUUCAACAACUUCUGUGGGUCAUAAACUAUAACAAAGAUGGCGUCAACUACAAGAGCCUCAUCAUGCAGUCUGAGAUGGAGGCCAACCUCGAAUGCCAUGCUAGAGGAUACUGAAAAGAAAAUACUGGAAUGCCUUAACAGCAAGUAUGAAUCCAAAUUUGUACAUCUCCCCACUAAACAAUAUAACAUAUGGACACUGACCGUGAACCCUGGCUGUACAGACACUGUGCCUCUGGUUCUGGUUCAUGGCAUGGGAGGAGGAAUCGGGCUGUGGAUCCUGAACCUCGACGAACUAGCUAGAGACCGAACAGUCUAUGCCAUAGACCUGUUAGGAUUUGGGCGAAGUUCACGGCCCGGGUUUAGCAGAAAUGCAGAAAGAGCAGAAAAAAAAUUUGUGGAAUCAAUUGAAGAAUGGAGAAAGCAAAUGGGACUAGAGGAAUUCAUCUUACUUGGACAUAGUCUUGGAGGAUACAUAAGUACAUCCUACACGAUACAAUACCCAGAAUGUGUACGACACCUUAUUCUAGCAGAUCCCUGGGGAUUCCCUGAUAAAUCAGAAGCCAGAGAGAUUCCUAUGAAGUAUCGAGUCAUAGCAACAAUAGCAAAGCCCUUCAAUCCACUGGCCAUCAUGAGAGUGGCAGGACCAUGGGGACCAGAUCUGAUUAAGCGAUUCAGAGGAGAUCUCCAUGCGAAAUUUCUAGGAAAACUGCAGGAUGAUACAAUAUAUGAUUACUUAUACCACUGCAAUGCAAGAGCGCCAAGUGGGGAGUCUGCCUUCAGGGCCAUGAGUGACAAACUAGGCCGGGCCACCAACCCCAUGGUGGAGAGGAUACAGCAUGUCCUCAAUGAUAUCCCCCUAACCAUGAUCCACGGUGAAAACUCGUGGAUUAAGAGGGAUGCAGCAUACCAGGUGAAGGAACUUCGAAAGGACAGCAGCGUCAAUAUAGAGGUGAUAAGUGAUGCUGGACACCAUGUCUAUGCUGAUGAGUCUGAUCUCUUCAACCAAUCUGUGCAGAAAGUGUUUGAUCAGGUGGAACACAGUCAACGACAGGAAAAUUUAGGACAUCUGUCGAAUUCCGCGGAACAGUCACAACAAACCUCCGGUCCGAGCAGGCGUGUCGAAGUGGCUGUAGAAAGUCAUCUAUAACGUAUCGAUAAUAUAUAUUACGUUUCAUUAUUAUUUUGCUAUUUUCCUACGUCUUUCAUUUAAGUUGUCACGCUUCAUUUAAUUUUAGUACGUUUUUUUUUCUUUUUUAAUUUAAUGUUUUAAUAAUUGUGUUAUGCUUCUGUUUUAGCUGGCAGUGCCAUAAACUAAAAGUCUGGUUAUUUGCUAUCAUGAGACGAUGUGAUACAGUAAGGAAUUUUUUAUUAGGGAUCUGUUAAUGUUGUUUUCUCACCUCUGAAGAUUUUAUCUUUAAAACUUCAAGAUAUCUGAACAACAAAAUCCAUGAAAAGUGCUGGAAUGUUUAAACUGGAGAAAAGAUUGUUUCAAAGUUUUUUAAUGAGUAACUUUAUUGAAACUUUGUGUUGAUAUAGAUUUCUUCAGUUAUUUUAAAUCCAUUACAAUUUGUUUAAUUUGCGAUAUGUAAUAAUAUUAUUAUACAUAAAACACAUUUUGUCACCUUAUUUUGGAAUAGGUCCUUUUUACUUUAAUUUGUAUCAUUUUGGCCACAAUUAUUUUGUUUGUGUCGACUGACUGUAAGUAUCUUUAUAUGAUAAAGGAUAUUUUGUUAAAAUGUUGUUUUUACAGAAGUCUGGACAGGUUGUCUAAUAUAUUAUGUAUGUAAAUAGGUUGAUUAUCAUAGCAUAAGUGGUACCUAAGUUGAAACAAGCCACGAUAAUUCUUUCUUGUCCUCUUGUUCCAUGACAUAAGCAUGGUACCCAUGUAUGUUGAAGUUUAGAUAUUGUAGACAUAAUUGUUUGUAAUGGUGCUCUAUGGCAUGGUGUGUGUCAAUUUCAUCAUUGUUAUCCGCAAGUGCUUGAUGAUGUACAUUUCAGUAUGAAGCUAGAUGGAAUCAUGACGUUAUUAUUGUUGUACCGUAUUUAUCAUUUUAAUUUCUUCACAGUGCUGUUCAGAUCUGCUUGGUAUCACCUUGUGUAUAGUUCAUUAGUCUGUGCGGUAGUGUAUUGUAUCCUCUUGUUAUUACUACAGUAUAGCUUAAAUGAUACAUAAAUUUAUGUUGGUAAAGUCCUCAGUCUGAUAUGUUUGCUUACAAUCAAGUUUAAGUUUAUGUAGUAUGUA